AUGACUUCCGUUGACCCUACCAUAGCCUCCACAGUUACCGUUGCUAACACAUCGAAACAGGCUUGGGACUCUUUGCCACUGCCUGUGCAAACAAAUGAACUUGCUACUGCAGGUGCCUCUGUCACUAAUUCCGAACUCAAUGUCAAAAUCCUCAGUGGACUUGGCCCUGAGUUUCGUGGGAUCUCAGGUGCCAUAUGGGCACGUGACACUACAGUUACCUAUGAAGAACUAUAUGAAAAGUUUCUUGACCAUGAGCUCUUUCUUCGACAUGAGGAAGCUAAGAAAACCCCUGGUCCUAUCACAACAGCGGUUGCCACUCACAACAAGUCAAACUACAACUCCAACAGUAGCAACAAUCGCUGCCAAUACUACUACUACAACAACAACAACAACAACAACAACAACUCUCAACCAUGGAGCAAGAAUACUCGCCCCAAUACUGCCAGCCAAUAUCAUCCCCCAAACAAUAACACCACUGUUGUUAUUCCUUGUCAGUUAUGCAACAAGAUCGGACAUAUUGCAAGUGUUUGCCGAUCCAAGUCAUACAAUCACUUUGAGGCUAAAGCCAAUUACAUCACAGGCUUCAACACUACUGCUAACCCGUGGAUAGUUGAUUCUGGUGCAACACAUCACAUCACAAAGGAGCCGCAUAACCUACAACCAUACCACAGUAAUGAGGAUGUCUCCAUGGGCGAUGGUAACAAAAUUCUCAUCUCACAUACUGGUUUUACUCAGUUAUAA